AUGGGACCCCUCGCUGAAGACGGAUGGAAACAUACUUGGAACGACCACAUUUUUGCUGAUAUCUCCGUACCCUUACCACCUGAACGGAGUAUCAUUAUUCAUUCACCCCCUUCUUCUCCAUCAUCUCAAGAACCCCCUGCCAAACGACUCAAAACUUUUGUGGAUAAAGGUAAGACCAUCAUUAACCUUGACCCCGAACCUACCCCCUGUCCCAAUCCUGCUCCUGCACCCGCACCUGAGUGGAAAGACAUUGGAGUUGUAGAGUCUUCCGUCAGGCCAGUAACCGGUCAUUCUCUUAGUAUUCAGGCACCCCCUUCUGAGGAAGCCAGACCUUCCACCCGACGCCCUUCACCACCACCACCCACUUCACGAUCACCACCACCUACCAUCAGUUGGAUCGACAGCGACCCUGACGACUUGCUGCCCUCCCCUCGCCCUCAGCCCGUGGACGAUGCAUCUAAUUCUGAUGGAUUGGAAUCCAAUCCUAGUGAGGAUUCCUUUCCAUUAGAGUUUUAUUUGUAG